AUGAGUGCACAAGGUGAGGGACCCGGUCAGCCUUCCACUGCUGCCCAGGAGCAACCUGCAACCGCAGAGCCUCAGAAGAGAGGAAGAGGCAGACCCAGGAAGCAACCACAAGAACCAACUGGUGAACCAUCUCCUAAAAGACCAAGAGGAAGACCCAAAGGAAGCAAAAACAAGAGUCCCUCUAAAGCAGCUCAGAAGAAAGCAGAAGCCACUGGUGAAAAGCGACCCAGAGGCCGGCCCAGAAAAUGGCCUCAACAAGUGGUUCAAAAGAAGCCUGCUCAGGAAGAGACUGAAGAAACGUCCUCACAAGAGUCUGCAGAGGAAGACUAGGAGGCCGCACCAUGCAAUUUCUACCUCAUCAGCAGUUGGGUCUUUUGAAGGGAGAAGACACUGCCUUGACCACUUAUUUUCUA